AUGUCUUUCAGAACCAUCGAGGCAGCCCGCGCAGCACUGCUGGAUCAGGAGCUCAUGUCCACCAUGGGCUUUUCCAUUGACCAGCUCAUGGAAUUGGCUGGUCUGGCCGUGGCACAGGCCAUCUACAAAGAGUACCCGCCCUCCUCUGCCAAGAAUUGCUUGAUCCUUUGCGGCCCAGGAAACAACGGCGGAGACGGCCUUGUGGCCGCCAGACACCUCAAGCUGUUCGGCUAUGCCCCAACAGUGUACUAUCCAAAGCCAACAAACAGAGAAAUAUUCACUGGACUCACCACGCAGCUCCGCAACUUCAACGUCCCGUUUGUGUCUGACCUCGCUCCAGAACUCAGGUCAUGUGACCUGAUCGUGGACGCGCUGUUUGGGUUCUCGUUCAAGCCGCCAAUCCGCAAACCUUUCGACGCAGUCAUCGAGAGCAUGCUGCAAGCGCAAAAGGACAAGAAGAAGAUCAUCGCCGUGGACAUCCCGUCCGGCUGGGACGUCAACGAGGGCCCUGUUGCUGAAGAAAUCUCGGAUUACCAGCCAGACCUGCUGGUGUCUCUCACGGCCCCCAAACCAUGCGCAAAACUCCUGAAGAAAGGAGCACUACACUACGUGGGAGGACGAUUCAUCGAAAAGACGUUUGCAGAAAAAUGGAACAUCGACGUGCCAGAAUACCCCGGCAUCGACCAAUGCGCAAAAGUUGAUUAG